CUGAACCGAGCUGCAUCGAUCGUGGACCUCGCCCCCGCGCCUCCCCUCUCAUCAGUUCUUGCACACACGAGUUGCAGUUCCAGCAGACAAAUCCUCCCACUGGUACUUCCACCACACCACAGUCCACAGGCAGAGAAGAGCGAAGAUGCUUCUUCCCAGGCACAGAUUCUUCAAGUUCAGGUCCUUGUAGAUGAGCUGCAGCUGCAGGAUCUCAGAAUCAGCUAACUAUUUUCCACGCAUAGUCGCCUUUAAUUCCAGGUGACAGCAAGGGCAGGUCGACUGCGCUUGUUGCCUACUGCUACUCCGAUCGAUACAUACAUACAGAUUCCCUGCACCGGCCGAUCGCGAUCAGAGAUUGAGGAGGCAUCCUGUCCAGCUGUUCCACUUCCAUCCAUCCAUCCACCACCAGAGAAGAGCAUACAGUAGUGCACCACUCAUCUCAUCCCCUUCUGCUGUGCCCCUGUGGUAUAGCAAUAGCUUCAUUAAUUUGCUUGUGGUGCUGCUAGCUGUGCUGUGUGCCUACCUGCCCUGCCACUGCCACACACACCACAUAUAACUCCCUGGUGUCCGUGUCCACAGAUGAGUGCACGGCCCUGCCCCUGCCGCUGCGGCCUCGGCGCCGCGCACCACGCGCACGCGGGUGCCUCCCCUUGCUCCUCCGGGGUGCCGUCGACGUCGUCGUCCACGUCCAUGGAGCCGCGUGCCGGCACGGACUUCUCCUGCCUCAGCUGGCUCCUCUUCCGCGUCUCCGCCUACGACGACGACGACACCCACAACCUCCUCCUCCUCGCCGCCGGCGCCCUCUAGCGCGCGCCUCCUGCCGCCCACAGCUCUUCUUCCCUCCACUUCUACCAAUUUGCUCCCUCCAUCCACACAUACAUACAUAGCUAGGUUAGUUAGUUAGUUGAGUUCUCUCUCCGCCGUCUGUCAGUGUCAGCUGCUGCAACUCAUCAAUACAACUGCUGCUAGCUAGCUUAUUAGCCUUAGCUGCGGUACACCCAAACCAAGAAAGCUAAUUAAGGGAAGGAAAUAAAGCUCCGUCGUCUCGAGCCGAUCGACGACCACCAUGUCGGCGGCACGGCGGUGCGGCGGCGUCCGGCGUCGGCUGGAUAGGGCGGCGGCGGGAGACAACGCCAACGGAUACGUCGAGACUGACCCCACCGGUCGCUAUGGACGGAGAUAUGAUGAGGAGCUACUAGCUGCACAUCUUUGUUUGCUCAUUCUUUCGAGAUUUUCCCUUUAACUUGUUCUUCUCUUUGCUGGAUUUUUUUUUAAAAAAACAAUCUUGAGAUGGCAUACGAUUAGUUCACAAUUGCCCCAGAUGGAUUAUUCAUUAAUUAAUUGGCAGCAUGAAAUGGUGAACCACCAGAUAUAUCAUUAAAUAUAUAUUACUAAUUAAACAAUCACAGUUGCCCCCAGAUGGAUCCAUGCAUUCACGAGUUAGAUGGCAUGCAUCAUGCAUGCAUGUAUGAACAAUUCUAAACUAUUGCUAGAUGUACAUAUACAUACAGAAAGACAGAUAAUAAUAAAUAAAACCAAUAAUUAUAUGUAUUCUAUACUUGGUCAACUAGCUACUGGUUCAUUAAUUAAUUUUGAGAUGGUGAAAGCCUACAUCAGGUUGUGUGAUUAUUCCACUUCCAAUGCUAUCAGAAAAAAAAGAGUGCCAAUUUUUUACAUCCAGCGGUGGUGGUGGUAGUCAGAGUAGGUGUCUGAUUGGUAUUUGAACUUCCCCGACUUGUUUCUUUUCUUUUCUUUCUUUCUUUCUUCCCAGGCCACAUGCAUGUGUCAAGAUGCCAAUAAUAAGAUGCUUUGAAAGCUUCGUAAAGCUGAUAUGCCAUUGCCAUGUCAUGUCCUAAAGAUAUGGGUGCAGUGCAGUGCUUCCUCAUCUUUUCUUCUUUCUAUUGGGAUAUCAAAGAUCAAAUCGUGCACUUCACUUUUCCUCUUCGAUCUUUUCAGCAAUUCAUUACACGUGUGUUGAUUUAAUUAGUAAUAACAGUGUAUGCAUUUAUUUACUUUAGCACUAUCAAAAUAGAACUGUUUAUUUUAAACAAAAAUACACAAUACAUGCAUGCAUGCACAGUUCGACGAGCUCCUGGGCAAAGGCGCCAUGAAGUCGGUGUACCGGGGCUUCGACGAGGAGCGCGGCGUGGAGGUGGCGUGGAACCAGGCGAGCCUCGCCGACGUGCUCCGCUCCCCGGACGCCGUGCAGCGCAUGUACUCGGAGGUGCAGCUGCUGAGCGAGCUCCGGCACGACGGCAUCAUCGGCUUCCACGCGUCCUGGGUGGACGUGCCCGGGCGCAGCUUCAACUUCAUCACCGAGCUCUUCUCCUCCGGCACGCUCCGCUCCUACCGCCUCCGGUACCCCCGCGUGAACCUGCGCGCCGUCCGGUCGUGGGCGCGGCAGCUGCUGGGGGGCCUCGCCUACCUGCACGCGCGCGACCCGCCGGUCAUCCACCGCGACCUCAAGUGCGACAACAUCUUCGUCAACGGCCACCAGGGCCACGUCAAGAUCGGCGACCUCGGGCUCGCCGCGGUGCUCCGCCGGGGCGGCGCCGCGCACAGCGUCAUCGGCACGCCCGAGUUCAUGGCGCCCGAGAUGUACGACGAGGAGUACGACGAGCGCGUCGACGUCUACGCCUUCGGGAUGUGCAUGCUGGAGAUGCUCACCGUCGAGUACCCCUACAGCGAGUGCACCAACCCGGCGCAGAUCUACAAGAAGGUCACCGCAGGCAGGCUCCCCGACGCGUUCUACCGGGUGGACGACGACGACGCGCGCAGGUUCAUCGGCCGCUGCCUCGUCCCCGCCGCCAACCGCCCGUCCGCCGCCGAGCUGCUGCUGGACCCUUUCCUCCUCCACCACCACCACCAUGCUGCUGCUGCUGCUGGCACGGUACCAGUGCCGUCACCAUUGCCAACUACCGCUGUUGCCGCCGGCGCUCCGCCGCCCUCGACGUGUAGUAGCUCCGCGGCCGACGAUGAUGUCGUCUCGGCGUUGGACGACGACGACGAGGUGGACGUGCCGCCCAGGAAUGACAUGACCAUCACCGGGAAGCUGAACGCGGAGGAGGACACCAUCUUCCUGAAGGUGCAGAUCGCCGACGAGGCGUCGGGGCACGCGCGCAACAUCUACUUCCCGUUCGACAUGGCGAGCGACACGGCGGCGGAGGUGGCGCAGGAGAUGGUGAAGGAGCUGGACAUCACGGACCGCCACGCGUCGGAGAUCGCCGCCAUGAUCCAACAGGAGAUCGGCAGGCUGCUGCCGGGGCGAGCGCAGCAGCACGAGUACACGUACGCGUCACGCGGCGGCGACUACGACGACGAGGAGCGGCCUCCUCCCUUCUACUACCUCUCCUCGUCCCCCGCAUCCUCCCAUGGUUCUCACUGCGGGGUGGGGCCAUAUGCCUUCGGAGGCUUCUCUGGCCCAUGUGGCAGUGCUUGGACCAAAGAUCAUGACUGGUACGCUUUAAGCGACAACGACGAUGACAUGAGCUCCGUGCACUCCGGUAAGUACUCUCCUGUGCACUACGCGUCAGGUGCCGGCCACGAGGAGGCGCCGGCCAGCAGCAGCGGCUCGUCCAAGACAAGGUUCGGCGGCGGCGGCUCCGGUUCCGCCGCGGCGCUCGCGCGGCAGCUGGAGCGGCAGUGCAGCGUGUCGCCGCAGCACGCGGGGCGGCCGCGGCGGCGGGAGGACGACGACGACCGGGCCGGCAGGCGGAGGAGGAUGACGCGGAACCGGUCCAUGGUGGACAUGCGGAGCCAGCUGCUGCACCGCACGCUGGUGGAGGAGCUCAACCGCCGCCUCUUCUUCAACACCGUCGGCGCCGUCGAGAACAUCGGCUUCCGCGCGCCCACCACCACCGCCGCCUCGUCCUCCUCGUCUGCGCGCGGCGGCCUCGACCGCGGCAGGAGACCAGGCGGCGGCGGCAAGCAGCGGCAGCUGGACGACAAGGAGCAGCAGUAUUUCAUGCUUUGAUUGCCGCUCCGCAUACGACCGACUUUUUUUUUUUGACAACAUAUCUGGUGUCACAUAUUAAAUCAUCACCACUCAUUUUAGAUCUAAUAUCUCUAGUUGUUUGGUACAUUUUAUUAAGGAUACCCUCCAACGUGGUGUUGUAUAGUGGUGGAAGGUGUUAUUUGUAAAUUGAAUAAUCAACUAGAGACGUUAGAUCUAAAAUGAGUGUUAAUGAUUUAAUAUGUGCACCAUGUACACCAGUCUUCUAUGUGUACCAGAUAUGUCCUCUUUUUUUGUUUUGGCCGUCGCGUGGGAUGAGAUCGAGUACUGUGUGUACAUAUACAUAUGCAGCUUGGAGAAAUAAUGUAUGUUUCAAGAGCGUAAAGUUUGUUACAAACUCGCAA